AUGCCUGCCAGUUACCAGCCAGGUGAAGGCUGGAUGUAUGGCCAUGGUAUGGACUUCGCGGCCUAUGUUAUCGAGCAGAAGACAGGCCAAAGGCUUGACGAGUACCUCCGAAAGAAUGUCUUUGCACCCGUUGACGUCAGCAGAGAUGAGAUGUCCUUCUUCCCAAUACGGGAAGGUCUUGGUGACCGCAUGCCGGAUCUUAGUCCGCAAGACCCCGAAGGUCUAGGUCUUGCUGCGGUGGGUGGCUUCAAUUCCUAUGACGGAGGUGAUGUGUGCUACGGUGGGCAUGGUGCGUAUGUGACUGCACGUGCAUAUGUAGCUGUGCUCAAAAGUUUGAUGAAGAACGAUGAGAAGAUUCUGAGUCGAGCGAUGGUUGAGGAGAUGUUCAAGCCGCAACUUCAGGGCAAAGCGUACGAGUCUCUGCAGGCAGCAUUUUCUGGACCUGGAGGACUAGCGUUCGGAUGCGGUACUUCCGGCGAAGAUCGCAAUAUGGGUCUCGGUGGGUUAGUCACUGGGGAGGAUGGGGAUGGAGGGUUGGGGAAAGGGUCGCUGAUUUGGGGUGGCGGACACAACACUGUCUGGUUCAUUGAUCGCAUGAACGGCAUUUGUGGCAUCGCAUCUCCGCAGCUGUGUAUCCCCAGCAAUGUCAAGGCCGCCAUGGAGUUGAAGUCAGCUUUCCGAACACAUCUUCGACAUGUCCUAGCGCACGCAUGA